ACGUGCCGCAAGCGCAGGAUAAAGGUGCGUUACUUUCUCUUUCGGACCCAUUUCCUAAUUUGCCCUUUUUUUUUCGUAUUCUAUCCGGUUCCUCCCAUCACGGAUGCCUUUUCGGACCUACUGCAACGAAGCGGGGGAUGGGGUAGGAUGGGGAUCGGGCCGGACGGUGUCGAGCCAGGGAAGCGACGCGCGGAGGGAGUGGGUCGUCAUGUUGCAGUUGGGGCAUUCGGUUGAAGAAGCGCCAUGGUUCGAUAUGACGACAACGGGUGUGUUAAAAAUGGCGCGCUCGUUCGUUCGUUCGCUCGCUUGCUCGCUUGUGGUCGGUCUCGAUGGUUCGUUGGGGGUUGUUGCAAGUGCAGCUGGGGGAGCAGGGCGGUUUGGGUUGUGGUUGUAUGCCUUGGUUACGUUGUGUUGCCUUGGCCCACGAACGGCUGGGUUGGUUAGUUUGCUCGCUUGACUGCACUGAACUGCUGAAGCGAGCAACCUAAGCCCAGUUGUUCACAGUGACGCCUGCGGCCAACCCGCCAGUUGCCUGCCCGCCUGUUACUCACUGCCCGCUUCGGUUGCCCUCGCCUACCUCCGCUUCCCUUGCCUGCCAUAGGCAGCAAGCGCAAGCGACGGGAAGCAACCGCAACUUUCCCAUUUCGGUCGACGCCGACACAAAGUCCCCGCGGCGAGCGAGCGAUCAACGCACCCGCCGGCGGUUGUUAGGCCCCGCCGCUAACAACUGGCCUGGGCUCCAGCUAUCUGCUACCAUCCUAUCCACCACGAAAGCACCUAAAACCUCAAUCCCUGCAACACCCUGAGCUCCAUCAUCACACCUCAUCGCUCUAUCUUCCACUUUGCGUACCGCGUUACACACAAGUUGCAGAAACAAUCGUCUUCCCAUUUUUUUUUCAACUCACCAGCAAUUAUGUACUCGUCAUCGCCUAACUUGUAUCUCUUUCUAGUGCGACGAAGCCCAUCCCACUUGCAACAAUUGCAAAAAGUCGAAGCGUGAUUGUUUGGGAUACGACCCCAUCUUCAAGCAGCAACAGCAGCAACAACAGCAACAGCAAAGUCUGACUGCUCAGUCGACGCCCAAGUCUCAGCACUCUGCUCCCGCUUCUCUCACGUCGACUCCGACUGUCCCAUCUUCCAGCGUCCCGCCAAGCCCAUACCAGUCACAGGCUCAACCUUACCAGCAGCAGCAGCAGCAGCAGUCUCCGCCGCCUCAUCACUAUCACCAGCAACAGCAUCCUGCUUACCAACACCAACCACAUCCUACCUCGUACCCAUCAUCUCAUUCCUCCAACACCCCCUACGAGUCUCCGGUGUCGUCCACUUCCCCGGGCUUCGAUUACGGGAGUGCCAUUGACCCGGCCCUCUCAGGUACCGACACGCCAAGCGCUUCAGGAACGCCUACACCAAAUUCGCAGCUGGCUAGGCCUGACGACAGGAAUUUUGGCACUGUGGGUCAUUAUCAAGGCGGAACUCCUGCUGGCUCCCCUUUGCCGGCGACCUCGUUUGCCCAACAUAGAUAACCGAAGUCUUGCCGUGUCGAGGGAUCCGGUUCAGAGCUGUACGACUAUCUUGCCCAACAUGACUGGCUUACCCACCAACAAGAAAACCGUCGAUGAUCUUAUCGCGCUGGGGGGCGCAGAACCUCCCAUUAUGAACUCUCCGCCGUCACAGGCCGUCAUCCAGGAGAUCAACAAACUUUAUGGCGAUGUAUACGUUACUGGGCUGUCGUAUUUCUUUGAGACGCAGUGGUACGAUUUGAAACCUGACAGGGGUAUCCUGACACACCAUCCCAUCCAACUCUUACUGAAUAAUCAGCCAUUGAUGGGUCUUUUUGGUUCCUUUGUCGAACACAUCUCCCAGCCCCGGGCGGACCACAAGUAUGCUUCCCAGCUGGAGGAGUGUAUUGUCUGGGGAUUAGCAAAGCUGCCCCUCUCUACUAGAUGUAGAGGUUGGGCUCACCCUGGAAUGUCAAUUUCUCCAUACCCGAUCCCGCCCUUGGAUGACCCACACGAAGCGUUUGGUCGUCUGCAAGUGUUCGAAGCACUCCUGUUAGGUUAUCACUCUACGUUGACAGAGAAUCCGCUCUAUCAUCCUAUAGUGCUUGGAAAUCUCCACACCUCCCGGCGCAAUGAAUUGGAGUUCUGGUGGCAUCUGGCCGAUUUGGCCAUUCGAAAGCCCAAUUGUGACCUCCAGAACCUGCGACGCCUACUGGACGGUCAGGAGAACCGUGAUUUCCUGUAUAGCCUCGCUGUGCUUCGCGAGUAUUCGUAUCAUUGGAAUCCUGCCAACAUCGAGCAACAGUUGCCGCCGCAGUUGGCCGAGUCGGACCCGCGCUGCAGGCUUGCGGUGGCGGCCAGGUUUAUUCGCACUACCAUGGAAGAGGGAACCACAAACGUGGUGAGGCGGUUUGCUCAGCUUGCGUAUCGUGCGUACGUCCACCCGGGAGCCAGUGUGUCCGCGAACGCGGCUUGGCGCUACCAACAGAAAAGCGAUUAAGUGAUUGCAAGUACGGAGAAAUGGUCAGCAUGGUCGUUGGUUUUGGAGGUCUCUUUUGUUGGUGCUAGAGUUAAGCAAACCACUCUCGCUGGGGGUUGGUGCCAAGUUAGAUAGAUAGCCCGCUCGAGCGUGUUUCUCUCUUCAUCUUUCUGUGGUCUUUCCUUCCUUGGAUUUCCUUCUCUUAUCUAUACUUGCAUCGGAUAGACGGCGUUUUUACAAGUUCUUUUUCCUCCACAGUUUUUCCUUCUGUUCACUCAUUAUAAAGCAUAUGGGAGGCCUUGCAAUGGAUUUCUUGGUUCCAAAAUUUGGUUGCUCUUUGAUGUUCUCUUCCCAACCGUUUGUAUCAAGUGGCAUUCUUUCCUUUUUACAGCAUUAUGAGAGCGACUAAAAUUGGGGCGCGGCUUAUAUACAAAUCCAACACCACUUAGUCUAA